UGGAGCAGAGGUCUCUGUGCUUGUGCUGCGUGAAAUACUAUCCUUCCUCCUGCUCAACUUUGGCGCUGUUGGCAGUUCUUCAGCUGAACACGUUGAGCCUACAGAAACUGUGCCACAGUGCAUGUCCGCCUGAGCGUUCAUGUUUCUCUACCUGCUGAUCUUCAUGGCGUAUCACAGCAGCAGAUGGAUACCAAGGCAUCAGAGGUUAAAAUUUCAAAUAUUGAACGCAGUGUUCACAGCCCUUGUUCUAGUCCCCCAGUUCUACGUUAUGGAAAGGCCAAAAUCCUCAAGAUACUGCAGGCAACCUCUUCUGAACAACCUGUCAGCCUCCAUCGCCUUGUCCUUCAUAGCCUCAGGUUUUGCAGUGAUACUCACAUUAAUGGACCCAGUUCUUCAGGGCUUGUGGGCUUCCUAUCAUGUGUUUGGAGUGCUCUCAUUUGGACACGGAGUCUGCACUGCCAUCCUGACUCUGACAGCGGCAGCAUGUGCCAAAACCACACCUGAGCUGUACUACAUGUCUCUUAUUCUAACCAUUGUUUCCAUUUUCAGUACAGGUUUUUUCAUGGUCAGAGGUGGACUCUGGUUGACUAACAGGCUGCAGUGACCGAGCAGAAACAAUGGAUGAUAAAACAGUCCAGCUGUCCCACGUUGACAUCCGAUACUGAACAUAUUAAGAUUUCAUGUGGUUUCCAUGCCACCAACAGCUGGUAACUUUAAAC